ACACAAUUAAAUGUGUCUUAUAAGGGUAGAUCUAUUAGCACUGCUCUGUCCUUUCUCUUCGACUGCGUAACCAUUCUUUGCUGACACGGCACAAUCAAUAUGUAUUUUUUGCACGAGCCGCAUCACAACAUCCUUCGAUAAGAAGAUGCAUUCCCACAUCCUGGACUGUUACGUUAUCUGCGGCAAUGCAAGUGGAAAUAGAACAAGAUGAGUCUCUCUGAGUGCGCAGGGCCCUCGGUGUCAAGUGGACACCGUUGCAGCUUGAAAGCGUGUGUUGGGAUUUGGUUACCUCUCUAAACCAGACAAAUGGAUUGAUAAACCGCUACUAAAUGUAAUGCUGAUGGACUGCCUAAAAAGAGGUCGUAUUUUUGGUUUUGAUGAGUUUCUGCUUCCAGUCAUAUAAGUGAAACCUCAGAAUUUUUUUUUCUUAUUUUUAACAUGUUCAGUUUCUUAGCAUAUGAUCAGCAAUAAUGCCAAUACCCUGUGUAAGCAUUUUCACAACCGAACCUGCAGAGCUUGUGUUUUCGUUUAGUUCAUUGGAGAGAAUGUCGGGGGGGGGAAAAUAACUGUAGAAGCAUAGUACCAGAUGGCAGGUUCUGUGCUGAUGCAAACACGAGCUGACAGAAAAAUCUCUUCACCCACAAAACUGUAUCGCACUAUAUAACAAAAUAUAUAACUGCUUUUUUCCCUCUUCCUCAGAUUACAAACUGAAUCCAAACGUAGCAUACAGCUGCCUGAAUGAUAACCAGGAGGAGAGAGACCCUGCCAGAAUCUUCAGCGUGGCACUGGUUGAGGUGUCCCCUCCGUGUCCUGCUAUCCAACCAGGCUGAUAGGCGGCGCUAGCGACCACACAGGCGAUGGAGGUGCCGCUUGUUAAUUUUGAGAACAUGGACGAUGUCGGCAUCCACCUGGGAGACCCAAGUGACUCCGGGUACCCGACGUCACCCCCGUCAGAGGUCCCCGAUCAGAAUCUGUUAACCCACCGUCUGAGCUCUCCUCACCAGUCGCCACGCAGGGGACGACGUAGGCAUCAUUCUGGUCAAGAAGGGCCGUCGCCAUCCUCUCCUCCGACUCUGACCGCAAAAGCGAACUCCAGCAGCGGCAGUUUGAUCUCUAAUCUGAAGCUCCUGAUCAACAGCGAGUCCCCCGCCGACAGUAAAAUGGCGAGGGAUUGCUACGACAACGAGGACUUGUUUGAAAAGCACUUCAUUGAAGAAAAAGACGAGAGAGUUGUCAUCAAUAUUUCAGGCCUGAUGUUCGAGACCCAGCUCAGCACCCUGAAUAAGUUUCCAGAGACGCUGCUAGGUGACCCCAUGAAGAGGAUAAACUACUUUGACCCGAUGAAAAACGAGUACUUCUUUGACAGAAACCGCCCGACUUUUGAUGGUAUUCUGUACUACUAUCAGUCGGGGGGGAGAAUCCGCAGACCAGCCAACGUUCCUUUAGAUGUUUUUGCAAAUGAAAUCGUUUUCUACCAGUUGGGUCAUGAAGCGAUGGAGCAGUUCCGCGAAGACGAAGGGUUUGUCAAAGAGCCGGAGGUCCUUUUGCCCACCAACGAAAUCAAACGACAAUUCUGGCUCCUGUUUGAAUACCCAGAAAGCUCCAGUGCAGCCAAAUCUGUCGCUCUGGUUUCUGUGUUCGUCAUCGUCAUUUCCAUUGUCAUCUUCUGCCUAGAGACUCUGCCAGAGUUCAGGGACGACACUAACUUUACCCCGGGUUUAACCCAACUCAUCAACGGUACUCAAGUCGGUUCUGCCCCUCAUCCCGCCACUAAAGACGUGUUUGCGUAUCUAACAGACCCAUUUUUCAUCCUGGAGACUAUUUGCAUCAUUUGGUUCUGCUUUGAAGCUGGAGUCCGCUUUGUGGUGUGCCCCAGCAAAAGGGAUUUCUUCAAUAACAUCAUGAACAUCAUUGACAUUGUCUCCAUAAUUCCCUACUUUGUCACCCUUGGAACAGAGCUGGCUACGACCCCCGAUGAGGAUUUGAACUCCAGUCAGAACAUGUCCCUGGCAAUCCUAAGAAUCAUCCGUCUGGUGAGAGUUUUCAGAAUUUUUAAGCUCUCCCGACACUCGAAAGGGCUUCAGAUCCUGGGGCAGACAUUGAAAGCCAGUAUGAGGGAACUUGGGCUGCUCAUCUUCUUCCUUUUUAUAGGAGUCAUCCUAUUCUCAAGUGCUAUCUACUUUGCAGAAGUGGAUGAGCCCCAGACGCAGUUUGUUAGCAUCCCUGACGGCUUCUGGUGGGCUGUGGUGACAAUGACCACUGUGGGGUACGGAGACAUGUGCCCGAGCACUAUAGGAGGCAAAAUGGUCGGCACCCUCUGUGCCAUUUCCGGUGUCCUGACCAUCGCUUUGCCCGUCCCCGUCAUCGUCUCCAACUUUAACUAUUUCUACCACCGUGAGACCGAGCAGGAGGAGAAACAGGUGGUGGAUGCAGCGGCAGAGGCUGCCCUGAAAAUGUCAGCUGCGAACAAUUAUGGAAGCACACCCUCUUUAAACAAAAGUAACGGCACCUGGCAGAAUGAGAAAAACGGCACACACUAAUAGAGAAAGCAUUCAUAUGUAUCAAGGGCAUGAAAAACAUAUCCAGUGGUGAGUUCAUCUUUCUCACUCUUUUGUACUCCGAAAAUGGCAGCAUUUGUGCGUAUUAUGACAGUAUUAAAAGGCCCCGUGUGGUGAGACAGCCUUGACACAAGUUGUCUGUCUGCUUGUGGAUGUGUCAAAGUGCAAUUAACACAACUCAGCAACUACUGUAUAAUUAUCAUCUUUCAUCCAGUGCAAUUUGAAGAAAAAGGUGGUGGCUCAUUUGAGCUAUUAGCAUUUCAAAUGUAGACGGUGAGAGUAAACAAGCUGUAAGUGUUGACCAGAAUUAUCCUGGAGGGUCUGUAUAACAGCACGUUUAUCCCACAAGAGAAAAUGAAAAAGAAAACGGUCUAAACUGGAAGUAUACUCAGAGCUCAAAGUUCGUCUUCCCUUCUUCGUAGUCAGCAAAACCUAGAUAGAACUUGGCUGGAUUUUCAAGGGCAGGCGAAUGCGUCCUGUGAAAGGCAAGAGGAUAUGAGUGCACACAUUGUCUUAUCAGCAAAUCAAUACUUCUCCUUAUGACACAGCAUAACAAUAUCUGUGCAAUAAGUAGUUGGCACAUUUGCACGUUUGCACUUCUGCUAUUACUCUUGUAGCUGCAAAAUAUAAAUCUGCACUAAGUAGUUGCAUGCAGCUUUUAAAGUCACAUGUUAUUUUUUCAUGUAAUCUAUUAUUUGGCAUUUUGUAACCAGAUUAUCACCUUCUGAUUGUAUCACAAUGUGAAUUUACCCUUUAAGAACCAUAUCAAUUCAUUGCAAUGGAAGCUUAUUUUCCUAAUAUACUGUAUCUUGAGCGCUUUUUUGGAGCUUUACACCAUCAUGAGAUGAGAUAC